AUGGUGAAUAGAGUUUCAAUAACAUUGUUGGUUUCUCUGUUUGUCAGUUUCCUCCUUGCUGCUUCGGCAGGUAAUUUCUACCGAGAUGUAGACAUUACAUGGGGAGAUGGUCGGGGCAAGAUACUACGCCGAGGGAACACACUUUCCCUUUCUCUUGACAAGACUUCAGGCUCCGGAUUCCAAUCCAAGAGAGCAUAUCUCUUUGGAAGGUUCGACGUGCAAAUGAAGCUUGUCCCUGGAAACUCUGCAGGGACUGUCACCACCUUCUAUCUAACAUCGCAAGGAAACAAGCAUGACGAGAUUGACUUCGAGUUCUUGGGAAACCAAAGUGGGAACCCUUAUACUUUGCACACUAAUGUGUAUACCCAAGGACAAGGGAAUAGGGAGCAAGAAUUCCGCCUGUGGUUCGAUCCAACGUUUAAGUUUCACACGUACUCAGUUAUAUGGAAUCCCCAACGCAUCAUUAUUUUAGUAGAUAACACUCCCAUAAGGGUGUUCAGUAAUUUAGAAGCCAUUGGAGUUCCUUAUCCCAAAAACCAGCCCAUGAAGAUUCAAGCAAGUCUCUGGGAUGCAGAGGAUUGGGCAACACAAGGUGGGAAAGUGAAAACAGACUGGUCCGUGGCUCCUUUCACUGCAUAUUACAGAAACUUCAGUGCACUCACUACUGACUCUAGUGGGUUCAAGGGCUGGCUGACUCAAGAUCUUGAUGUGCAAGGUAGAAAAUUGCUCCGAUGGGUGCAAAAGUAUUACAUGUUAUACAACUAUUGUGCCGAUCGAAGACGCAGGUUUAGCCAUCGUGAAUGCACACGAUCUAGGUUCCUAUGA